AUGAAUAAUUUCUCUUCUAGGACUUUAUGGAGAUUUGGAUACUCUGCCAGACUACUGAAAACUAAUCAUUUUAGGACAGCUGCAUCAAAUACAUCAUUUCCAGCAGUUUGGAUGCUGUUGGCGCAAUACUCCGGCAGAAUACCUGGGCUCUUUGUCGUAGUGAGAAGAAACAGUUUUUUUACAAUGCCUGAAAGUGUGGAGGAGAAAGCAAAUGGAGAACUGUAUUCGCCGCAUCCUGAAGUGCGUGGGAUGACUCGGCUCAACAGAGAAGCUUUUAAAAGGACAGUUGUCGUUCCAGUUCUUAGAGUCAAGAAAGAAACUGUAAACACUUUGAUGAAGUCCCUAAAACACACGGUUCUACAGCGUCCUGGUCUAAAGCGAGUGGUUGAGGAUCCAGAAGAUCAGGACAGUAGGCUUGUUAUUCUGGAUCCUCAUAAAAUAGCAGAAUUCUCUCUGGGAGAAUCGGAGCGAGAGGUGUUAAAACAGCUUGACGUUCAUCCGGAGGUGUCCAAGUAUAACUUGGAGCUGACUUACGACAAUUUCAAGUCCGAGGAGAUCCUACGAGCAGUCCUUCCUGAAGGGCAAGAAAUCACCUCUGGAUUUAGCCGUGUUGGUCACAUAGCUCACUUGAAUCUUAGGGAUCAUCAGCUACCAUACAGACAUUUGAUUGGCCAGGUCAUAAUUGACAAGAACCCAGGAAUCACCUGCGUAGUGAACAAAACCAGUAUUAUUGACAGCACGUACAGGAAUUUCCAGAUGGAAGUGCUCGCUGGAGAGAGCAACCUGGUAACCAAGGUCAAAGAAAAUAAUAUUGUGUACGAGUUGGACUUUUCUAAAGUUUACUGGAACCCGCGUCUUUCCACGGAACACGGCCGCAUCGUUGAACUUUUGAAGCCCGGUGACGUCCUUUUCGAUGUCUUUGCUGGGAUUGGACCUUUCGCUAUUCCAGCAGCAAAGAAGAAGUGCCAUGUGUUUGCAAAUGAUCUCAAUCCUGAAUCCUACAGCUGGCUUCUGCACAACUGCAAACUGAACAAAGUAGCCAACAAAAUAAAAGCGUUCAACAUGGAUGGCAGGGACUUCCUCCGGGGGCCAGCACGAGAAGAACUAAGCAGAGAGCUCCCGCGGCUGCGAGAAGAGCAGAAAACCUCUUUUCACAUAGUCAUGAAUUUGCCAGCUCUGGCUCUUGAGUUUCUAGAUGUUUUCAGGCACCUCUUGGUGGGAGAGCCCUGCCGUGCAGCUGGCCUUCCCACCGUGCACUGCUACGGCUUCUCCAAACACGAUGACCCAGCCAAAGACAUCCAAGAACGAGCCGAAGCUUCGCUGGGAACCUCCCUGGAUGGACGCUGCUCUACGUACCUAGUGAGAAACGUGGCACCCAACAAGGAGAUGCUCUGCAUCAGUUUCCAGGUUCCGGCGGACGUGCUGUACAAGAGGCCCUGCCCCGAUGAAGCAAAACCAGCCUCGAAACGCCUGUGUGCCAGCAGAGGAUUACCUGAAGAAACGUCACCGAGCUGA